AUGUCUUUAUGUGAUCAUCUCGUCGAAUCCUUCGCCCGGCUCACUUUUACAAUCAUGACAUAUGUAAUGUUCGUGGUUGUUGGUGAAAUCAUCGCCGCACACCAGAAUGGAAUCUUGCGCAGAAGUCGGCAGCUCCAAGCCUUCCUCCAUCUUCCGACGUGCACACAUAUCUUUUCCGAAGCCGAUACCCAGAUUCACCCAGACAACAUCAAAGCUUCAGCCAUCGCUCUCUCGUUUACUAUCCUGUUCGUUACCGCAGGAAUGCUGGAUGCACUCAUAGAUGGCCCGAUACAGACUCUCGAUCGGCCCUGGGUGGCGUGCGGCGUGAUUGCUGUAAUGGCCACCCCGGGCUUAGUACUCUGGCUCCAUCUCGCGUUGACGUGUCGGCGCCGGCAGAGGAACAGAAGGGCUGUGGCGUGGGAUAUUGAGGACGUUGGCACAGAUUUCCCCGCGAUAACACGCGGUGUGGACAAAAACGAGAACACAGCACUCCUAUCCUCGGAAAGAGAGCCAAAAGCCAGCGAGGAGGACAAGGUGCAGGCGGGAGACGACCAGUUGAGACAGGAUGGCCCGUCGAAGGAAGAAGUUGGCACAGCUGAUAAAUCCAGCCAGAGAGAUGGUCACAGCAAUGCAAAUGUGCUAAGAGUCCCAUGGAAAGAUUCAGAGUUCCCCAGCAUAUUUGUGCUCUAG